GUUUUUUUUUUAAAAAAAUAAUAAUUAAUCUCUCUCUCCCUGACCGCGCCGGUCAGGUUGCCGGAACCAAUCAUCGCCGACGGCCAUUUUCUACAAGUCCUUCUCCAAAAGUUGUUACUUCUCAAACUCUAAAACCCAAAUUCAAUUUCUCCGUUCUUUCUAAGAAUCUUCAUACAUGGGGUUUCUAAGCAUUUGAGGAAGUUGGAUUUUGGAGGUGUGCUUGUUAGUGGAAAUGAGCUACUCCGCUCGGCGAUUAUGGCUACCGGUAACGAUGGCACCAGUUAUUUAAAUUCUCAUUCAUUGAAAAAAGUUAGGCAAUCUGCAGGGUGGGAACUAACUGACUGGGUCAGUGAUAAAAAAGGGAAAUUUAAUGUUACUGUUCUUCAAUUAAUUGGAAGUGGUUUGAGUACAGCAUUUCAAUGGCUGAAACACCUCUUGCAUCAAAACAUGUGAAGGAAGUGGAAAUGGAACCAAGCAUUUCAACCCCAUUACAGCAGGAAGUUAAAAGAAAGAGACCAUACAAUGGAAUCGAAGCAACCAAAAGAAAGAAGCCUAGGAGAAAAAUGUACAGACCGAAAGUGAUUGGAGAAGGAAGAAAAAGGAAGAGCAAAGGAUCAAAUACAACACCUGCAAAACAACAAUCUGUUACACCAAAUCCAAAAACGCCAAAUUUUGUUGUACCAAAACUAAGGACUCGAAAACCUCGUCCUUUGCCAAAACCAAGAACCCGAAAGCUUGUUCCAUGUCAGGAGAACAGUAUUUUGUUGGAAGAUGGAUGCAUAGAUUUAGCAGAAUUUGCUGAAAUUAAUGCUAUAGAGAGUUGUAGAGAUUUAGUUUUAGUGGAGAAUCAACGGGAAAUUGAGAAAUUUAUUGAAGAAGUUGCAGCCAUUGAAGCAAAGGAAAACGAGGCGGAUAAUCCAGUUGAUGCUAUAGAUAGCUGCAGAAAUUUAGUUUUAGUGGAGAAUGAAUUGGAAAUUGAGAAAGUAUUUGAAGAAGUUGUUGCCAUUGAAGCAAAGAAAGCAGGCAAUGAGAAUUUAAAUAUUACAGUUGUUCGAACUCCAGUUGGUUUGAGCGAAAGCUUCUGUUUAAGAAAGGAAUGCAAGAGAAAGAGGAGUUCAAGGAGAAUAUCAAGGAAAAUAAUUGAGUGGAAACCAUAUGGAUUGAGGGCUGCAAGAGAAAAAGGCUGGGGAUCAAGAAAAAAAUUACUGCCAUUCUUUUUCUCUAAGCAAAAAAGAACUCCAAUGGUUAGAAGGUGCAAUUUAGCUUCAUUAUUUGCACUUCCAGUUUGUAACCAAUUGCCAAGAAAUAUACAUAAACAUGCUGUCAAGAGCGAGAAAACAGAAAUUUUGAAUGGGAAUGACAUUGUUCCCAUUGUAGGGUGGCAGUUAAAGAGACCUCGGAAUAAACUGGAAUCUCGAGCUAAUAUUGCACUUCAGAUUUUAAAUUGUAGUAGCAGAGAUGAUGAUGGGGGCACAAAAAUAGGAGAGCUUGCCUGUCAAUCUGCCUUUGAUUUAAAUGCUAAUGGGAGAGAAACAAAUGUAGGAACUGCCAUAACAGAUGUCAAUAAGGAAGAAACGUUAACAAAAGGAUCGACUCAAAUAUCACUCUCUCAAGUUAAUGGACUCCAAGGCAACAGGAGAGACACAUCUAUAGGAACUGCCUUAAUAGAUGUUAAUAAGGAUGAAACACUAACAAAAGGAUGUGCUCAAACAUCACUCCUUCAAGCUGAUGGGAGAGAUACAUCUACAGGAACUACCGUAACAGAUGCACUUGGUAUUUUUACAGUCAACAAGGAAGAAACACCAAUAAAAGGAGUGGCUCAAACAUCACUCCCUCAAACUAGUUCCAUGUUUUCAGAUAUGCGAAGUGAGGGGGGCCUACAGAAGAUGGGGAAUUUAUUUCAUAACAAAACAAUAAGUAAACACAAUGUGCAGGUAACAAUGAAAUGGCUUGAUAUCAGCCAUUUCUUAACUAAUUCAAGGCUUCUCAUGGGUAGAAAUGGAAACAACCCACCAGGAAACGGCCUUUCAAUUCCCAGAAUUAUAAGAGGUUUUCAUAACGUAGGAAGUGGAGGAAACUUGACCAGGCAUCAGGACUUCACUCUUUCAGCCAAACCAAGUGGGAAUGCAAACAAAGAGAGACCCACCCUCAGUAUGGUAUUAUGGAAUAAUAGAGAAGGAAUCAGGAACAAUCAUGAACAUAACAACAGGCUUAUAGGUGAAACAAGAGGUGUACUUGAAGAAGAAAUGGAUUCUUCCUGUAAGAGGUUUUUGGUUCCAUAUGCUGCUGAUGGUUGUUACAACGAAGCACUAUUCAAAAACGUUUCUCCUUAUGUGGGAACUAAUAACAACAAUGGUCUAUCACAUCAUUUGCAAAAGGAAGGAACUGCUUCAGUACAUGGGAAGCAAAUUAUUCCAUAUGCUGCUGAUGGUUGUUACAAUGAAGCACGAUUCAAAAACGCUUCUCCUUAUGUGGGAACUAAUAACAAUAAUGGUCUAUCAGAUCAUUUGCAAAAGGAAGGAACUGCUUCAGUACAUGAGAAGCAAAUUAUUCCAUACGCGCGUAAAGGAGGAAAGAAAAACAGCAAGCAUGAGCACAAUCCAAAUUCUCUUGAUGGGAUGCAAGGAGCAAUAGUUCCUCAUCCUAAAUCAUUGAACUCAACUAAGAAAAAAGAGUUCGGUAGAGUUUAUCUUGAACCAAGAGAUAUUACUGUGUGGAAGGUACUAAUUGAAAAUGACAGUAAUUCUGAAAAAGAAAAAAUCGACGAAGAGUGGUGGGAGAAUGAAAGGAAAGUUUUCCGUGGACGGAUAAAUGCUUUUAAUGCUAUAAUGCAUUUAAUUUUAGGCGAUAGGCGUUUUUCACCAUGGAAAGGUUCGGUGGUGGAUUCUGUGGUUGGUGUUUUUCUAACUCAGAAUGUCUCCGACCAUCUUUCAAGCUCAGCUUAUAUGUCACUUGCUGCAACAUUCCCCCUCCUGGAGACGGAAAAUUAUCAUGGGGAGGAGAUUUUCUGCAUCCAACAAUCGACCCAAAGAAACGAAAGAUUAUUUCUGCGUGAAAGUAAAUGGAACAAUGAUAGCAUGAUGGAAACCAACAAGGCAACUGGGGAUCCUGAAGAAGCUAAAGAAUUAAUGUCUGCUGAUGAUGCAAUUUCAUCUCAAGGUUGCCAGGGGUCAUCUAUAAAAGAAAACCAUGAUUUAACACUUCUCUCGUCCACAUGCUUAGAAGAUGAUUGUGGGACCUGUUUGUUUAAGAACUUGGAUGACACGGAUAACUUGGCGCUCCAUUCUGAUAAAUCAACCUUUGAGAAAGAACCUUAUAGCAGUAAUCAAGAUAGCACAUUGUCCUGUGGAAGCAAUAAAAAAAAUAGAACUUCAGAAUACAAAGAGGUGGGUUGGAGAGACCAAAAUCCAAUUUCCGGAAAUUUAAAUCCCAGUGACACAGUGCAUACGCCAAGAUCAUUAGGAAAGUGCUAUUCUAGCGCAGAAUGCAUUAGCAAAUCAAAGAGUGGACUUGAAAAUAAUGCUGAGGAUUCUAACAGUUGUGAAGAAAUGGCAGUUGAUUUACAGUUCACACCAAAUGAGAAAUCUCAGGGAUUUAUUGGCAGUAUAGAAAAGUUUCAAAAUCAAGAAAUUCAACUCAUUGGUGAUGUCAAUGCUAAGUGUUCCUUGUGUUCUGAGAGCAAUGAAGGAAAAAUGGAAGCUGGUUCUCAGUUUUCAAGUGACAUCGACAAUUCAUCUCUGUUAGUAGAUUUUGAUGUUGAAAGAGUCCAAAGUGAUGAAAGUGUGGUUCCGGCAAGUGAGAAUACCAACAAAGCCAAAGAGAAAGAAAAGAAAGAGGUGAAAGGAUAUUUGGAAGACAGAAAUCCUAAUCAUCUCAAUGAUGAAAAAGAGACAGAUAAGGGGAAAGCCAAAAAGAGUAAAAUGAAGCCAGAAGUAGACUGGAAUAGUUUACGUGAAAAAUGGGAUAGUUUGAGGAGAAAGCAUCCUCCCUGUGAGCCAAGAAGUCGUGACCACAUGGAUUCUGUGGAUUGGGAAGCAGUUCGGUUUGCAGAACCUACCAAGAUAGCAGAUGCCAUCAAGGAACGUGGCCAGCACAACAUCAUAGCCGGAAGAAUCAAGCAAUUUCUUGAUCGAACAGCAAGACUACAUGGUUGCAUUGACCUUGAAUGGCUUCGACAUGCUCCUCCAAAGGAUGUUAAGGAAUAUCUACUAGAGAUAGAUGGACUAGGAUUGAAGAGUGUAGAAUGCAUAAGGCUUUUAGCACUUCAGCAAGUUGCUUUUCCGGUGGACAUAAAUGUUGGACGAAUUGCCGUUCGACUAGGAUGGGUUCCUCUUGAACCAUUGCCUGAGGAGGUUCAAAUGCAUCUUCUUGAAACGUUCCCUAUGAUGGAUUCUAUUCAAAAAUAUCUAUGGCCAAGGCUUAGUAUGCUUGACCAGCGAACAUUGUAUGAACUACAUUAUCAAUUGAUAACCUUUGGAAAGGUCUUUUGCACAAAGAGGAAACCUAACUGCAACGCUUGUCCACUGAGGGCAGAUUGUCGGCAUUAUGCUAGUGCAUAUGCAAGUGCAAGGUUGGCCUUACCUGGAUUGCAAGAAAAAGGAAUAGUAAGCACAAUGAGUUCAGAAAAAAGUUUUGAAGGCAAUACACGAGCAUCACUACUCCAUAUCGAUGCCAAUCCAUUUUCAGCGGAAUGUUCAACCGACAAUUGUGAACCCAUCGUCGAAGCACCUCCAUCACCUGAGCCUGCACAUGAUGAAUCACAAUUGACAGAUAUUGAAGAUUUAUAUGAGUAUGAUUCUGAUGAUGUUCCUAUAAUCAGACUUAGUUCCGGACAAUUUACAACAACCUCACUCAACUGUGUGGACAAUAGCAUUGGAGCUCUAGUUCCUUUGCAUCCAAGAGUCGCUUCUAUCCCAAUGCGCAAACUAAAGCAUAUUGAGCGUCUGAGAACAGAGCAUCAAGUCUAUGAACUUCCAGAUAUUCAUCCUCUUCUAUCAAAGCUAGAAAGGCGAGAUCCAAAUGAUCCUUGCCCGUACCUUUUGUGUAUAUUAUCACCAGGUGAAACGGUAGAUUCAUGUGAGCCACCAAAUACAAUAUGCAUGUAUCGGGAAAUAGGAGAAAUUUGCAGCGAGGGAUCAUGCUCAUCAUGCAACAUUGUUAGGCAACAAAAUAGUGGAGCAGUCCACGGAACAAUUUUGAUACCAUGUAGAACCGCCAUGAGAGGCAAAUUUCCAUUAAACGGGACAUAUUUUCAAGUCAACGAGGUUUUUGCCGAUGAUGAAACAAGUAAAAACCCCAUUCAGAUUCCUAGGGAAUGGAUAUGGGAUCUACCAAGGAGAAUCGCUUAUUUUGGAACCUCAACGACAACAAUUUUUAGAGGCUUGGAAAAGGAGGACAUCCAGUACUGCUUCCAGAAAGGAUUCAUUUGUGUCAGAGGAUUCAAUCGAAGAACACGGACUCCAAAACGACUAACGGAGAGGUUACAUAGGGCCACCAAUGCAUCCAUAAAAGCCAGAGCAAACAAAACCGAUGAUCAAAAACAAAAGACAUAUGCUUCAAAUUCAAACUCACUGACAUGAGGUAGUUGUGUUGGUUUUUUUCUUUUUAUCCUUUCACAUUUUGAAAUUUUCUAUAGGAAAAUUUAUACUAAUUAGUGUAUUAUUAAUUGUUUAAUGACUCAUUUAUCACAUAUUCGUGCCUUAUAAGUUAUUAAACAUAUCGAGGUAUAUUUUGUUAAUUUUAAUUUUGAAGAAAGAUAAAAAUCACACAAUUCUUAUGUAUAAGUGCAA